GGAGGAGGAGAGAAGGCCCGUUCACUCCAUACCUCAAGAGGUAAACUGCUUCCGAGGGAGAGGAUCGACAGGCUUAUAGAUCCUGGGUAUACUUUUCUGGAAUUCUCACAAUUUGCUGGUUACGAGUUAUAUGGUAAUGAGGAGGUUCCAGCUGGAGGUGUGAUCACUGGAAUCGGUCGCGUAUCUGGGAUAGAGUGCCUGAUUGUAGCUAAUGAUGCUACUGUGAAAGGUGGAACCUACUACCCCAUCACAGUAAAGAAGCACCUCCGAGCACAAGAGAUUGCAAUGCAGAAUCAUCUCCCAUGUGUAUACCUAGUGGAUUCUGGAGGAGCAAACCUACCUCGUCAAGCAGAUGUAUUUCCAGAUAGGGAUCAUUUCGGUAGAAUCUUCUACAAUCAAGCAAAGAUGUCUUCACAAGGGAUCUCUCAGAUAGCAGUAGUGAUGGGAUCCUGUACAGCUGGAGGAGCAUACGUUCCAGCCAUGGCUGAUGAAAGCAUAAUUGUUAAAAAGCAGGGAACUAUUUUCUUAGGAGGACCUCCAUUAGUAAAGGCUGCUACUGGAGAGCAAGUGUCUGCUGAAGAUUUAGGAGGGGCUGAUCUGCACUGUAGAAAAUCUGGUGUUACCGAUCAUUACGCUUUAGAUGACCGCCAUGCUCUUCAUCUUGCUCGGAAAGCAGUGCGUGCCUUAAACUAUAAAAAGACGCUAGAUGUUACUGUAGAAAGUCCUGAAGACCCUCUUUUCCCAACAGAUGAGCUGUAUGGAAUUGUUGGCGACAAUCUAAAAAAGAAUUUUGAUAUCCGAGAGGUCAUUGCCAGGGUUGUUGAUGGAAGCAAAUUUGACGAGUUCAAGGCACUUUAUGGAGAUACACUAGUUACAGGAUUUGCCAGGAUAUUUGGUUAUCCUGUUGGAAUUAUUGGAAAUAAUGGUGUCCUUUUCUCUGAAUCUGCAAAAAAGGGCACACACUUCAUUCAGCUGUGUUGCCAAAGAAACAUUCCCCUCCUUUUCUUGCAGAACAUUACAGGUUUCAUGGUUGGACGUGAUUAUGAAGCUGGUGGAAUAGCUAAAGACGGAGCCAAAAUGGUUACAGCUGUAGCCUGUGCCAGCGUGCCCAAAAUUACUGUUAUUAUUGGAGGCUCUUAUGGUGCAGGAAAUUAUGGAAUGUGUGGCAGAGCUUACAGCCCCCGUUUUCUAUACAUGUGGCCCAAUGCUCGCAUUUCAGUGAUGGGUGGUGAACAAGCUGCUACAGUGUUGGCUACAAUUGCUAAAGAUCAGAAAGCUAGAGAAGGAAAGACAGUAAGUAUUGAAGAAGAAGCUGCUCUGAAGGAACCAAUAAUCAAACGAUUUGAGGAGGAAGGAAAUCCAUAUUACUCAAGUGCAAGGUUAUGGGAUGAUGGGAUAAUUGAUCCGGCUGAUACCAGAUUAGUUCUGGGACUGAGCCUCAGUGCUGCUUUGAACGCACCAACACAGAAGACUGAGUUUGGCGUUUUCAGAAUGUGA